AAACCGUUCCCCUUCUUUAAAGCAUUUCUUUUUUGUCAUUUUGUUUGGGAGACUCAGAAGUUUCAGAGUUACAAAUAUUUCAGAAGAAAAAAAAAACAUUAGAGUAGAGAGAGAAAGAGAUCAGAGUUUCAGUUUUUAUUUUAUUUAUUUCAAGUUUCAAGCUUCAAGUUUCUGCGUGCAGAUUAAAUGUGAAAUGGAUUCUUCGGAGACUGCAAAAGUUGUCAUGAAGCGGAUCAAGGAAAUGGAACCGGAACACAUAGCAAAUAAGAUCAUUGAACAUAUGUACUUUCAAGAACUUUCCGAUGAAGAAAUGAUUCGGUUAGCCAUAGCCCCCGACGCCGGAAUCCAUAAGUUCAUCCAAAACGCGAAAAAUGCUCUUCUAUUAGCUUCACCGCCAAUAUCCCCUCCAAUCAAUCCCACCCCUUUAUCGGACCCUUCUUUUCAGCUCGCUCCGUUUCUGCCCGUUUCGCCGCGCCCGUUUUCCGGCCCAACCGCUCAGUUUCCGGUAUUGGAUCCUUACUUGGACCCGCAUAACAACCUGCCUCUGAUAAGGGUACCCAUUGAAUCCGGGCCGUCGACUUUUCAGAACGAGUACUACCGGUACAAAGCUGCGUUCGACAGUAUUAGUAUAAGGGGUGGUAGAAAUACUCCGUGCUUAACGGAUCAUUACCCCGUUAAGACGUGUCACUAUUUCCUUAAGGGUUUCUGUAAGCACGGUAGUAACUGCAGGUACCUGCACGGGGAACCGCCGCCGCCGCAACCUCUCGUAUUUGGUGGUCAUGGCUCGUACGAAGAUGACCAUGUUUUCCCACCGGGUUCGCUCGAGAAAUUGGAGCUGGAGAUUGCCGAACUGUUGAAAUCAAGAAGACGGCAGCCCGUCUCGAUUGCCUCUCUGCCUAUGAUAUACUACGAAAUGUACGGUAAAACCCUACAGGCGGAAGGGUAUUUGACCGAGAGUCAACGCCACGGUAAACCUGGUUAUAGCUUGACCAAGCUUCUUGCUCGCCUUAAAAACAGCAUUCGCCUCAUUGACAGGCCUCACGGGCAGCAUGCAGUGAUACUGGCGGAAGAUGCGUCGAAGUAUAUGGAAAUGCGAGGAGAGAGAAACGACCCUGGUCCGAUUGUUAGCGACUCUCGUCAGAUUUAUUUGACUUUUCCACCCGAGAGCACUUUUAGUGAGGAUGACGUUGCGAAUUACUUCAGCACGUUUGGACCGGUGCAGGAUGUGAGGAUUCCUCCACAGGAAAAACGAAUGUUCGGUUUCGUAUCUUUCGAUAGUGUGGAGACAGCGAAUCUGGUUUUGUCGAAGGGAAAUCCACAUUACGUAUGUGGCGCUCGUGUACUCGUGAAACAAUAUCGAGAAAAGUCCAAGUCUGUUGAAAGGAAAUACCUGGAGAAUUUCGAUCAUCCCGUAUAUUACCACCACUCUCAACCUACCGAUAUCGACUCGGAGGCUCAAACCAGCUGGGAUCAAUCUAGAAUGUUCCGUAGACAACUAAGGGAAGCACAAGAAUACGCUCUCGAUCGUGAGGCAUUGCAUCUCUCACAACUCCGAUUAGCUGGCAGACUUGUUCCAAACCCCUCCUGCUUCGGUUAUUCCAUUAAUCAGCCAAGAUUACCCGAAGAUCACAGCAAAGUUCCAUCGAUAGAUCGUUUCAGUUAUCUGUUCGACUAUCUGAAGAUUGGGUCUACUAGUAACGAUACUAUCCCCAAGUAUACAGUUACCAACUGUGGCGAUCAAGAAAGUGCUCAAGGAAUAAGUCUCCCGGAAAACCACUUUGCUUCUGCGGCAGGCAGCAGCAUUUCGGCAGUUAUAUAAGUACAAAAUCCAACGACGUAAGAGAAUUUAUAGAGGCGGUCGUUUUAAUUUUACAAGACAAACAUCAUUAGAAGAAACAUACAUGAUAGGAAAUAGGAAUAUGAAUUACGAUUUACGAUACAGAGAGCAGGUUCCUGUGUUUUCGUUUUAUCUUUUCGAAUUUUCCGUGUCACAGAAAUAAAGACAAAUAGGAAUUUUUCUUUUUAGUCUCGUGGGAAAGAAUCGUAGUGUAGGUGUUAGGGCAUCUGGAAAUAGAAAAUGAAGUACCCAUCGGUACAUAUGGCUAUAGCAGAGAUGUGAAAAUAAGUUUGAAAAUCUCUGGAAAUCGGGGUCGUCAGUUAUUCUUAUAUUAUUAUCUCUUAGUAUAUUCGUCUUUUCGAUAUUUAACGAGCCUGCUGGAUUUUCUUUU